AUGCAUUCCAAGACUCUUGUCGCUACCGUCGCUGCUCUCGCCGGUUUUCUUCCCACUGCUAUCGCAGGCUCCGCCAAGAUUGAUAACCAGUGCAGCGACGACGUCUACCUUUGGUCUAUUGCCGACUCUGCCCACGUCGAGAUGAAGAAACUCGGAUCCGGCGAAUCCUACUCCGAGAAAUACCGCGAAAAUGGCAAUGGCGGCGGUAUCUCCAUGAAGCUCUCCCUGGACGAGUCCCAAAAGGAAGUGUCUCAGUUCGAGUACACUCUCUCCAAGCCCAAGGUCUUCUACGAUCUAUCUAACAUCGACGGCUAUCCCUUCAAGGAUGGUGGUGUCUCGAUCAUCCCAUCCGACUCGGAAUGUCCUAAGGUCAUUUGCUCUGCUGGUGAUGGCAAAUGCGCCGAAGCCUACAACAAACCUGACGAUGAUCACGCCACCAAAGGCUGCCCAGACAGCACCGACCUUCACGUCAUCCUCUGCGGAGGCAAGAAGGGUGCUAAACUCAAGGUGAAAAAGCCUGUCGCUCGCCACCCUCAUGCCCGCCCCUCCGAAUAA